CUCCACUCCUUUUUCUUCCUCCUGCAACUUCUCCACCCUUUGACUACCCACGUUCUUCCUGCUACUCUACUAUUCACUCAACAUGUCCCAACCUGAGCAGUCUACCCCUACCAAGGCCGAGCAUUCAUACCUGGCGAAGAUCCAGUCUGACGCCAAACUUCCAUCUGGCGAAGGGAAGGGCCAGACUGUGGGAGAGCAUUCGUUACUCGAGCAGAAGAUGCGGACCGGCCCCGAGACGCCUUUGCCCUGCUGCGUCGACUUUGCGAUCUAUCCUCUUGGGUCAACUAAACAUUUUUCAGAGUACAUCGACCAAGUCGAGGCCAUCCUCAAGCAGCUCGGCUUGAAGUACAAGGUUCAUGAGCAGGGCACGAUUAUCGAAGGAGAGAUGAUGGCGGUGAUGCAUGCGGUCAAAUGCUGCCACAACGCAAUCCAUAGCAUGGGCAGUCCUCGUAUCGUGUCCAACAUCCGAGUCGACACCGGCUCGGGCAAGUACAAAGACGAAUCCUAAUCUGCCAUGGAGACAAAAAUGAUGUCUGGCCUGGUGGGAAUAUUUUGCUAUCAAUCAAUCUCUUUCGAUGCAAAUCCAACACUAGCUUUUUUUUUAGGUUAUAACUCGAAUAAAUCCACCAUUGACAGACC